AUGCUUGUAUUUCUAUGGAGGCGUUGGAAUGGUGUAGCGGUGGAAGAUCUAAUCUACACCAGUGAGCAGUACUCCUUGCAUGAAAGCUGGAUAGCGUACAUCUGCAAGGAGGUAUUAAAGGGCCUGUGUCAUCUGGAAAACAAAAAGGUCAUCCAUCACGACCUGCGGCCCCAGAACAUUAUCCUGACAACAUCGGCAGAUGUAAAGAUCAGUGAUUUCAGCUCCGCCACCAUCGGGGAAAUGAGUCACAGUACGUCUGGGCGGAUUCCAUACCUGGCGCCAGAAGUACUGGCCAAUUUUGGCAAGAAGACCAUAUGGUAUAACUCUAAGGCUGACAUAUGGUCCUUGGGAAUAUCAGCACUUCAAAUGGCGGAAGGCUAUUACCCAUUCAGCAGAUUUCCCCAGCAAAAACUCAUGAAACGCAUCAUGCACGGACCUGCGCCAGUAUUAUUGUGGGACAAAUGGUGAGUCAUUUCAACUGAAACAGGAAAAGAGGGAGAGGUAGAGAGGGUGGGGAAAUAAAGGGGAGAUGAUGGGGAAAUGAAAAGGUAAUGAGGGGAGGGGGUGGGAAUAUUAAAUGUGGGGAAACAAGCAAGGGAUUAGCUUUGGUGAGGGGGAUAUUAAGGUAUUCAGGGCACAUGGUUGUUUAUUUAACAUAAACAAUUUUAAUUUUGGCUUCUGUUUCUUUUUUCCAGGAGUGACAACUUCCAUUCAUUCAUCGGCCAUUGCCUCCAGAAAGAUCCAGCUUGGAGGCCGUCUGCUGGAAAGCUCUUAUCACACCCCUUCAUUUGUAAGAUCUUUAAUGAAAGGGGUGUGAAGAGCAAUAUCAAAUGGCACCUGCAGUGAGAAGACUGAAGCACUGAAGUUCCAGAACAUCAUAGCAGCCAUCGGGGGAGGGACGGGGGCACAACUGCAGGGCCCUUAUGUCAUCUUUGGGCCCCGCAGACUUGGGGCAUGUUUACUAACAUUGGAGAUAGAUAACUGGAGAGAUUUCUGGAGAUGUUGCCCAUGACAACCAAUGUUAAACAUGCCCCUUGGUCCCGAUGGCGGCUAAUUGACAACAGCGGCUGAUUGACAUCAAUAUGAUCUUGUACAUUAUAAAAAACAAUAAACAUC